ACGGAAAUCGGCGAUUCAAACGGUCGAAAAUUUAUCUUGCCGGUCGGACGUGUUUUUUGUUGGUCGCUCCCGCUCGUAACGCUUUUUUCCCCCGUUUUGGCCAAUGUGUGAGCGCGCGCGCGUGUGUGUGCUGCUUGCAGUUCAAAAGGGCAGCAACAACAACAGCACACCUCUCUUUUAAGCCAGGUCUUCUGAGCGCGCGAGAGUGUGUGUUUGUGAGCGUGAUUUAGAAUCGUGGCCUGGGAAGAAAUGGCAAAUUAGUUGGCUCAAAGCGGAAUCUCUGUGCUCAAUAUUCAAAUUCAGGCUAGAAAGUGUCGCGUGCGAAAGUGUGCAAAUAAUACAACUAGCGAAAAGAGAGAUAAAACUUAAAAAAAAAACCUGUUCUAAGCCAAGUGCCGAUUGCAAGCGCGAGUGUGUGUGGAUGUUUGUGUGGAGCAGAGAAUAAAAAAGGAGAGAGAAAAGGGAGAAUGCAAUUAACAACAACAAGCUCAAUGAGUAUUAUUUGAAUAGAAAAGUAUAGUUGAAAAAGCCAAACGAAGCCCUUUCCAAUACGAAGCCACGAUUUGAGCCAACAAAUCAGCGAUCAUGGCUAUAAUCGCGAAUGCGUCACCGCCACAACAGCAACAACAGCCAAGGCAGCAGCAAAAACAGCGGCUAACAACAACAACAACAACAAAGGCAGCAGCAGCCACAACAACAGCGGCGUCAGCAGAAACAACAACAACAGCUAGAAGUCGAGACCGCACGAAAAGCGCAGCUCAAAUUACGUCGCAUUUGCUCAAGCGCGCCAUUUCAGUUUAUUCGUCGCCUCAAUGGAUACCGCUCUUCAUACUUAUUUACUUAGCAACAGAUGUCGCCUCAGUGGCGGUGCCGACGAAGGAGGCGUACUUUAAUGGCUCCACUUACCUCCGCCUGACCACGCCGAUGCCCAUUUGGGACCACUCGGCGAUUAGUUUCCGCUCGUGCCGCGGAGGGGAGAUCCUCGCCCAGCAGUACAACAAGAACUCCAUCGUAAUCUCAGUGCUCAAUGACUUUCUGCAAAUUUCCCUGGCGGGACCGGCGGUCCAUGGGCCCAACAACCGACUGGAUGUCAAGUUGCCCUACCAACUGCUGGACAACCGCUGGCACACGCUGCAGUUCAAGUACGAGUACGGAAAUCUCUACCUGCAUGUGGAUCGUGCGGCAAGCAUAUUUGCCAACUCCACGUACAACAGUCAGUUCCUGACGAACCAGGACAUCGGCUACAAGGAUGCUAUCUUAAUACUGGGCAACUCCUUCUCCGGCUGUCUUCUGGACGGACCAGGGCUGCAGUUCGUGAACAACUCCACGGUGCAGAACGUGGUCUUCGGCGUCUGCCCACUUACUCCGGGUCCCUGCAGCGAUCACGACCUGUUCACCCGACUGCCGGACAACUAUUGCCUGAAUGAUCCCUGCAUGGGCCAUGGAACCUGCUCGUCCAGUCCCGAGGGCUACGAAUGUCGGUGCACGGCCCGAUCGGGAAAGAAUUGCCAGAAGGACAAUGGAUCACCGUGUGCCAAGAAUCCAUGUGAGAACGGUGGCUCUUGCUGGAGAACCCGCGGAGAUUACCAAUGCUUCUGCGAUCACCACAGUGGUCAGCAUUGCGAAACGGAGGUGAAUAUUCACCCACUCUGCCAGACCAAUCCCUGCCUGAACAAUGGAGCCUGCGUGGUCCUUGGAGGAAGUGGAGCGCUGGCCUGCGAGUGUCCCAAGGGAUAUGCGGGCAGGUGCGAGGUGGACACGGAUGAGUGUGCGUCACAGCCGUGCCAGAACAACGGGAGCUGCAUUGAUAGGAUUAAUGGAUUUAGCUGCGACUGCAGCGGCACCGGCUACUCGGGUGCCUUCUGCCAAACGAAUGUGGAUGAGUGCGACAAGAAUCCGUGCCUGAAUGGCGGCAGAUGCUUUGAUACCUAUGGAUGGUACACCUGCCAGUGUCUGGAUGGCUGGGGCGGUGAGAUUUGCGAUCGACCCAUGACCUGUCAGACGCAGCAAUCUAACGGAGGAACCUGCCUGGACAAGGCCAUCGGCUUCCAGUGCCUCUGUCCGCCGGAGUACACCGGGGAACUGUGCCAAAUUGCACCCAGUUGCGCCCAGCAGUGUCCCAUCGACUCGGAGUGCGUCGGCGGCAAGUGCGUGUGUAAGCCAGGCUCAUCGGCUUCCGAUUUGGAGCCGCUGACUCCUCUGGAGCUGGACCUACUCGACUCCACGCUGUGCCCCAGCGAAAAGAAGAAGCGCUACAUAUCGCCCGAGUGGCUCAAACGCAAGCGUUGUGAGCUAAAACUAAGUUACAACUGUCAAACGAGCACGGGCGAUGGAGCGUCUGCUUUGGCCCUGACCCCCAUUAACUGUAAUGCCACCAAUGGCAAGUGCCUGAAUGGAGGCACUUGCUCCAUGAACGGAACCCACUGUUACUGUGCCGUGGGCUACUCUGGAGAUCGUUGCGAGAAGGCCGAGAGCUGCUCCCCACUUAACUGCCAGGAACCGAUGGUAUGUGUCCAGAACCAGUGCCUCUCGGAGAACAAGGUGUGCAACCAGUGCGCCACUCAACCCUGCCAGAAUGGAGGUGAAUGUGUGGUUCCGAAUGGAGAUUACGAGUGCAAGUGCACGCGAGGAUGGACUGGUCGAACUUGUGGCAACGACGUGGACGAAUGCACCUGAUCCAAGAUCUGCGGCAAUGGCAUCUGCAAGAACGAGAAGGGAUCGUACAAGUGCUAUUGCACACCCGGAUUCACCGGUGUCCACUGCGAUUCGGAUGUAGACGAGUUCAGCUUUCCCUGCCUCAACGGCGCCACGUGCCACAACAAGAUCAAUGCCUACGAAUGCGUUUGCCAGCCAGGAUACGAGGGCGAGAACUGCGAAGUGGACAUCGAUGAGUGCGGCAGUAAUCCCUGCUCGAAUGGAUCCACCUGUAUCGACAAGAUCAACAACUUCACCUGCAACUGCAUCCCGGGAAUGACGGGUCGCAUCUGUGACAUCGACAUAGACGACUGUGUGGGAGAUCCCUGUCUGAAUGGAGGCCAGUGCAUCGAUCAGUUGGGUGGCUUCAGGUGCGAUUGCAGUGGCACAGGCUACGAAGGCGAAAAUUGUGAGCUGAACAUCGACGAAUGCCUCUCGAAUCCCUGCACGAAUGGUGCCAAGUGUCUGGAUAAGGUCAAGGACUACUUCUGCGAUUGCCAUAGGGGCUACAAGGGCAAGAAUUGCGAGGAGGACAUUAACGAGUGCGAGAGUAAUCCCUGUCAGUACAAUGGAAACUGUCUGGAGCGUUCCAACAUGACGCUUUACCAGAUGAGUCGGAUCACAGAUUUGCCCAAGGUGUUUAGUCAGCCCUACUUUGAGAAUGCCAGCGGAUAUGAGUGCGUCUGUGUGCCAGGCAUUAUUGGCAAAAACUGUGAGAUCAACAUAAACGAAUGCGAUAGCAAUCCCUGCAGCAAACAUGGAAGCUGUAAUGAUGGGAUUGGCACCUAUACCUGCGAGUGUGAACGGUUUGAGGGCACCCACUGCGAGAUCAACAUAGAUGAAUGCGACCGCUAUAAUCCUUGCCAGGGAACUUGUUAUGACCAGAUAGAUGAUUACGACUGCGACUGUGAUGCGAACUAUGGAGAAAACUGUUCCGUUCUUCUUAAGGGUUGUGAAAAAAUGUAUCCUUGUUUAAAUGGCGGUGCCUUGCCCUACCUGGUCAACGAGGUAACCCACCUGUAUAACUGCACCUGUGAGAACGGUUUCCAGGGUGAUAAAUGCGAGAAGACCACCACCCUCUCCAUGGUGGCCACCAGUUUGAUUUCGGUGACCACGGAACGCGAGGAGGGCUACGACAUUAAUCUGCAAUUCAGGACCACUCUGCCAAACGGUUUGGCCUUUGGAACCACGGGCGAAAAGAAUGAGCCCGUUAGUUAUAUUCUGGAGCUGAUCAACGGACGACUGAAUCUCCAUUCCUCGCUACUGAAUAAGUGGGAGGGUGUCUUCAUUGGAUCGAUGAACGAUAGCAACUGGCACAAGGUGUUUGUGGCCAUCAACACAUCGCAUUUAGUGCUUUCGGCCAACGGACAGGCCAUCUUUCCGGUGGGCUCUUAUGAGACGGCCAAUAACAGUCAGCCCUCGUUCCCGCGAACGUCUGGGGGCACCAUUCCCAAUCUGAAGUCCUAUUUGCGCCACCUCACCCACCAGCCGUCGGCCUUUGUGGGCUGCAUGCAGGACAUCAUGGUCAAUGGGAAAUGGAUCUUUCCCGAUGAACAGAGUGCCAAUGUAGCUAUACCAAGCUGGAAAUGUCCAGAGCGGUUGUCCACGACGGAGCAAUGCAAACCGAAUCCCUGCCAUUCGAAUGGGGAGUGCACGGAUCUGUGGCACACCUUCGCCUGCCAUUGUCGACCCUUCUUUGGGCACACCUGUCAGCAUAACAUGACUGCAGCCACCUUUGGCCACGAGAACAACCACUCGGCUGUGAUUGUAGAGACAACGGAUGUGGCCAGGCGAGCCAUUCGCUCUAUCCUGGACAUUUCCAUGUUCAUUCGAACCCGCGAGCCCACUGGUCAAGUCUUUUACUUGGGAACCGAUCCGCGAAAGGCGCCCACUAAAAAUAUCGGCGACUCCUAUGUGGCGGCCAACUGCAUGGCGGGAGCUGCUGGUGAAGAUGCAAUUAGUGGUACUCCAGAGGCCUACACUGUCGGUGCAAAGCUGGACAACGGCUACAACCACCUGAUCGAGGUGGUGCGCAACCAGACGCUCGUGCAGGUCAAGCUCAAUGGCACUGAGUACUUCCGGAAGACGCUGUCGACGACGGGUCUGCUGGACGCACAGGUGCUCUACUUGGGCGGACCUGCACCCACACGCGAGUCUCUGCUGGGAGCGACCACGGAGCCGGGUUUGGCGGCAGUACCGGGAGCAGGAGUACCCAUCGAGGACACCACGGUACCCAAGGAGGCGGACGACAGCAGGGACUACUUCAAGGGCAUUAUUCAGGACGUGAAGGUGAGCAACGGCUCCCUCAACCUGAUUGGAAUGUAUUCGUUGAAUGUCACGGACGUCCAAGUAAAUGCCAAACCGCUGGGCGCCGUGACCAUUGAUCGCGCCUCCGUGUUGCCCGGCGAGGUGUCUGAUGACCUGUGCCGGAAGAAUCCCUGCCGCCACAAUGCGGAGUGCAGGAACACAUGGAACGACUACAGCUGCAAGUGCCCCAAUGGCUACAAGGGCAAGGAUUGCCAGGAAAUCGAGUUCUGCCAACUGGUCACCUGUCCGGGCCAGAGCGUGUGCCAAAAUCUGGACGAUGGCUACGAGUGUCUGACCAACAUCACGUUUACAGGUCAGGAACGCUCCCCGCUGGCCUUCUUCUAUUUCCAAGAGCCACCGCCAGAGGAGAUCGUGGGUGAAGCGGCUCCCAAGCAGACCCAACCGGUCAUCGAUAUAGCCUUCCGCACGCGUGCUGGCGGUACUCUGCUGUACAUCGACAAUGUGGAUGGAUUCUUUGAGAUUGGUGUGAACGGAGGUCGAGUGACCAUCACCUGGAAGCUCAGCGCCUUACAUUUCGGCGAGUCCGCUCGCUUCGAAAAGGAGAACACGGAUGGAGAGUGGAGCCGCAUUUACCUGAGGGCACACAAUGGCAAAUUAGAGGGCGGCUGGAAGGGCUGGGAAUCGAUGGUGGAUCCGGCGCCAGCUUUCUCCACGGAUAUUGACCAAGCGGCCUUCCAGUCGCUGAUCGCCUCCAGCACUCAGGUUUAUCUGGGUGGCAUGCCGGAAUCCCGGCAAGCUCGAGGAUCCACUCUGUCCGCCCAGCAGGGCUCCCAGUUCAAGGGCUGUGUGGGCGAGGCGAGGGUGGGUGAUCUCCUGCUGCCCUACUUCUCCAAUGUCGAGCUAUAUCCGCGCACCGAAAACGUUUCAGUGCCUAAAGCCCAAUUUCGACUGAACACCACGCGUCCGGAGGAGGGCUGCAUUCUGUGCUUCCAGUCGGACUGCAAGAACGCCGGCUUCUGCCAGGCUCCGUCGGAUGAGUACGCCUGCACCUGCCAGGCUGGAUUCGAGGGCGAUGAUUGCGGCACGGACAUCGACGAGUGCCUGAACACGGAGUGUAUGAACAAUGGAACCUGCAUCAACCAGGUGGCGGCGUUCUAUUGCGAGUGCCAGCCAGGAUUCGAGGGUCAGCACUGCGAGCAAAACAUUGACGAGUGUGCGGAUCAGCCCUGCCACAAUGGUGGCAACUGCACGGAUCUGAUCGCCGCGUACUUGUGCGACUGCCCGGAGGAUUACACUGGUCCCCAGUGCGAUGUGCUCAAGCAGAUGACUUGCGAGAACGAGCCGUGCAGGAACGGAUCCACCUGCCAGAAUGGAUUUAAUGCUUCGACUGGCAACAACUUCACCUGCACCUGCGUUCCCGGUUUCGAGGGCCCACUUUGCGAUAUUCCCUUCUGUGAACUGACGCCCUGCGAUAAUGGUGGCCUCUGUCUGACCACAGGAUGGUAAGCUCCCAUGUGCAAGUGCAGCCUGGGCUACACAGGUCGUCUGUGCGAGCAGGACAUCAACGAGUGCGAAUCGAAUCCCUGCCAGAACGGAGGCCAGUGCAAGGAUCUCGUGGGCAGGUACGAGUGCGAAUGCCAAGGCACCGGAUUCGAGGGCGUUCGCUGUGAAAACGACAUCGACGAGUGCAGCUUGGACGGCGAUUAUUGUGGCGGAUUGGGUCGGUGCUUCAAACCCGGUUCCUUCCAGUGCAUCUGCCAGAAGCCCUAUUGCGGCGCCUACUGCAACUUCACGGAUCCCUGCAACGCCACGGAUCUCUGUUCCAACGGCGGACGCUGCGUAGAGUCCUGUGGCGCCAAGCCAGACUACUACUGCGAGUGCAGAGGAUUCGCGGGCAAGAACUGCACGGCACCGAUCACGGCCAAGGAAGAUGGACCCUCGACGACAGACAUCGCCAUCAUUGUUAUUCCCGUGGUGGUGGUGCUGCUGCUCAUCGCGGGAGCCCUGCUGGGCACCUUCCUGGUAAUGGCCAGGAACAAGCGGGCCACCAGGGGCACCUACAGCCCCAGCGCCCAGGAGUACUGCAACCCGAGGCUGGAAAUGGACAACGUGCUAAAGCCACCGCCGGAAGAGCGACUUAUUUAGUUUUCAGUUUUGAGUUUUGAGCCAGAGCGACGAUUAGCAAAGCAAACAAAAGAUAUUUUUAAAUCCGCCCAUAUACACCUAGCUGUAGGAGUAACGCAAUGUUUUGUACUAAGUUCGCCCCUAGUUACGGUUUACAUCUUAAGGUGCUCAAAGCAACAGCAGCAGUAGCAGCAGCAGCCAGGCUUCCACCUCGACUCGCCCCCGAAUCCCUGCCUACGCUUUAGUUAGUUAAUAAUGCCGUUGUCUAUUUAUUCUAGUAGUUUAGAUGACAGACGUACCGCCCUAUAGUCGUUAUGUAGUUACGUUCCGAUAGUUUAGAUUCAGUAUUCGAUUUCUCGUAUAUGUAAUCCUAAAGCUGCGAACAAAGUUGAGCUCCGUCACCGAUUCACCCCCUUCACAUUCCGCAGGGAAGCCCUUCAAAUAUGUAUUGUACGAGUAUUUUUGUAAAUAGGAUUGUUUGCCGACUCUUAAACUAAAUUAGCUGAGCUAUAUACGAUAUCAAAAAACCGAAAAUCCUAUAUGCCUAUAUAUACGCGAGUAUAUAUAUCAGUAAAUGUGGCCUUAUAACAAAAAAAUGCAUAGUAACGAAAAGCAAUGACAACCAGAAAGAACUUGAGAAACUAUUGAUUAAGUAAAUCAAAUAAAAGACAUAUUUUGCUCUAGAAUUUCUAAGCGUAAACUUAAGAGACUGUACUAUAUAAUAAAUAUUAAAUAUUUCGACUUUUUUCCAA